AUGGCCGCCGCACCCUCCCAUCCCGCCGGGCUCCCGGGCUCUCCCGGGCCGGGGUCUCCUCCACACUCUGGCAGCUUGGAACUGCAGGCUCCGCCACCGCUGCUGCCCCAUGUCCCGGCGCCGGCCUCGGGGGUGUCCUUCCACAUCCAGAUCGGGCUGACCCGCGAGUUCGUGCUGUUGCCCACCGCCUCCGAGCUGGCCCACGUGAAGCAGCUGGCUUGCUCCAUCGUUGACCAGAAGUUCCCCGAGUGUGGCUUCUAUGGCCUUUACGACAAGAUCCUGCUCUUCAAACAUGACCCCACGUCGGCCAACCUCCUGCAGUUGGUGCGCUCUGCCGGAGACAUCCAGGAGGGCGACCUGGUGGAGGUGGUACUGUCGGCUUCGGCCACCUUCGAGGACUUCCAGAUCCGCCCGCACGCCCUCACGGUGCACUCCUACCGAGCGCCUGCCUUCUGCGACCACUGCGGAGAGAUGCUCUUCGGCCUAGUGCGCCAGGGCCUCAAGUGUGAAGGCUGCGGACUGAACUACCACAAACGCUGCGCCUUCAGCAUCCCCAACAACUGCAGUGGGGCCCGCAAGCGACGCCUAUCGUCCACGUCUCUGGCCAGUGGCCAUUCGGUGCGCCUGGGCACCUCUGAGUCCCUGCUCAGCAUGGCUGAUGAGCUGAGCCGUAGCACCACCGAGCUGAUCCCUCGCCGCCCCCCGUCCUCGUCCUCCUCAUCUUCUGCCUCAUCCUACACCGGUCGCCCGAUCGAGCUGGACAAGAUGCUGCUGUCCAAGGUCAAGGUGCCACACACUUUCCUCAUCCACAGCUACACACGGCCCACCGUCUGCCAGGCUUGCAAGAAACUGCUCAAGGGCCUCUUUCGCCAGGGCCUGCAGUGCAAAGAUUGCAAGUUCAACUGUCACAAACGCUGUGCCACCCGAGUCCCUAAUGAUUGUUUGGGGGAGGCACUCAUCAACGGAGAUGUGCCGAUGGAGGAGGCCACUGAUUUCAGCGAGGCUGACAAGAGCUCCCUCAUGGAUGAGUCAGAUGACUCGGGUUUCGUACCGGGCUCCCACUCAGAAAAUGCUCUCCAUGCCAGCGAGGAGGAGGAAGGCGAGGGAGGCAAGGCCCAGAGCUCCCUGGGGUACAUCCCCCUAAUGAGGGUGGUGCAGUCAGUGCGACACACAACACGGAAAUCCAGCACGACGCUGCGUGAGGGUUGGGUGGUUCAUUACAGCAACAAGGACACGCUGGAAAUUCCACUGUCUGAAAUCCUCGCCGUGGAGCCUGCCCAGAACUUCAGCCUUGUGCCACCAGGCACCAACCCACACUGCUUCGAGAUUGUCACUGCCAACACCACCUACUUUGUGGGUGAAACCCCUGGCGGGGCCCCAGGGGGGCCCAGUGGGCAGGGGGCCGAGACUGCCCGGGGCUGGGAAACAGCCAUCCGCCAGGCCCUGAUGCCUGUCAUCCUUCAGGAUGCACCCAGUGCCCCAGGCCAUGCGCCCCACAGACAAGCUUCUCUGAGCAUCUCUGUGUCUAACAGCCAGAUCCAAGAGAAUGUGGACAUUGCCACUGUCUACCAGAUCUUCCCGGAUGAGGUGCUGGGCUCGGGCCAGUUUGGAGUGGUCUAUGGAGGAAAGCACCGGAAGACAGGCCGGGACGUGGCAGUAAAGGUCAUCGACAAACUGCGUUUCCCCACCAAGCAGGAGAGCCAGCUCCGGAACGAAGUGGCCAUUCUGCAGAGUCUGCGGCACCCGGGGAUUGUCAACCUGGAGUGUAUGUUCGAGACCCCGGAGAAGGUAUUUGUGGUGAUGGAGAAGCUGCACGGGGACAUGCUGGAGAUGAUCCUCUCCAGCGAGAAGGGCCGGCUGCCUGAGCGCCUCACCAAGUUCCUCAUCACCCAGAUCCUGGUGGCUUUGAGACACCUUCACUUCAAGAAUAUCGUCCACUGUGACUUGAAACCGGAAAAUGUGUUGCUGGCGUCAGCCGACCCAUUUCCUCAGGUGAAGCUGUGUGACUUCGGCUUCGCGCGCAUCAUCGGCGAGAAGUCGUUCCGGCGCUCGGUGGUGGGCACGCCGGCCUACCUGGCGCCCGAGGUGCUGCUCAACCAGGGCUACAACCGCUCGCUGGACAUGUGGUCAGUGGGCGUGAUCAUGUACGUCAGCCUCAGUGGCACGUUUCCCUUCAACGAGGACGAGGACAUCAAAGACCAGAUUCAGAACGCUGCCUUCAUGUACCCAGCCUGCCCUUGGAGCUGCAUCUCAGCGGGAGCCAUCGACCUCAUCAACAACCUGCUGCAGGUGAAGAUGCGCAAGCGCUACAGCGUGGACAAGUCUCUCAGCCACCCCUGGUUACAGGAGUACCAGACGUGGCUGGACCUCCGAGAGCUGGAGGGGAAGAUGGGCGAACGGUACAUCACGCACGAGAGUGAUGAUGCGCGCUGGGAGCAGUUCGUGGCAGAGCACCCACUGCCCGGGCCGGGGUUGCCAGCAGACGGGGAGCUCGGCGGGAGCCUCCCACCCCGGGACCACGAGAUGCAGGGGCUGGCCGAGCGCAUCAGUGUCCUCUGA